CAGCGGGACUCCAGGCUCUCACUUCCCCAGCUGCUGACGUCAGCUGGCAGCCUGGGCAGUGCUCGCCGCUCCGGACAUAGCGCCGAGAAAAAUGCUGCUCUCCGUACCGCCAAGAGCAGGAGUCAACCCGUACAGCGGAUUUACCAACAGAAACAGCAAAAAGCAGGCCUAUGUGUCCUCCGGCCACCAGAUGGCUCCCCCCAGUCCCAACAACAACAGUAGCAGCAACAGUGGUGGCGGUGGAGGAGAACAGCUGAGUAAAACCAAUCUCUACAUCCGUGGCCUUCAUCCCGGAACUACAGACCAAGACCUGGUCAAGCUCUGCCAACCGUAUGGCAAGAUCGUGUCAACGAAAGCCAUCUUAGAUAAAACCACCAACAAAUGUAAAGGCUAUGGCUUUGUGGACUUUGACAGUCCAGCAGCAGCUCAAAAAGCAGUGACAGCUCUGAAAUCCAGCGGCGUCCAGGCACAGAUGGCUAAGCAACAAGAACAGGACCCAACCAACCUGUACAUCUCCAACCUGCCAGUGUCCAUGGACGAGCAGGAACUGGAGAGCAUGCUCAAGUCCUUCGGCCAGGUCAUUUCCACCCGCAUUCUGCGAGACGCCAACGGGACCAGCCGCGGCGUAGGAUUCGCCAGGAUGGAAUCCACAGAGAAGUGUGAGGCCAUCAUUCAGCAUUUCAAUGGCAAAUUCAUCAAGACUCCACCGGGGGUUCCAGUGCCCACAGAGCCCUUAUUAUGUAAGUUUGCAGACGGGGGGCAGAAAAAGCGGCAGAACCAGGGGAAGUACCUCCCCAACGGAAGGCCCUGGGCCAGAGACGGAGAGACUGGAGGAAUGACGCUUGCCUAUGACCCCACCGCUUUACAAAAUGGCUUCUACUCCUCGCCGUACAGUCUGGCUCCAAACCGGAUGAUCGCCCAGACGUCCCUCUCCCCUUACAUGCAUUCUCCUGUCUCAUCCUACCAGGUACACAGCCCGUCCUGGAUGCACCAUCAGUCAUACCUCAUGCAGCCAGCUGGUACAGUUCUAACUCCAACAAUGGAUCACGCCAUGUCCAUCCAGCCCACGUCCAUGAUGGGGCCCCUCGCCCAGCAGCUAAGCCACCUGUCCCUGGGCAGCACGGGCACAUAUAUUCCGGCCAACACGACAAUGCAGGGGACCUACAUCCCCCAGUACACCCCAGUGCCUCCCUCCAGUGUCCAAGUUGAGGAGAAUGGUGGUCAACAGCAACAGGUUGCCAUGGAAACCCCUGCGGAACACACAAGCUACUCGUACCAACACACCAAGUGAAGCUUAAGCGCCAUGACAGGGGGCUGAUGUCAUGUGAUCCAGCCAAUCUUGGUUCAGCUCAAAGAAAACUUCGCUCAAUAUCGUCACCAAGCAGCCGGACUUGAACAUGGAUGACAAAAGGAACGUAUGUGUGUGUGUGUGUGUGUGUUCUUCAGUUUUAAAGAAACAGGACAACAACUUAUGUGAACUACCAAAGGAGUUUGUCUUCUCCAGAGAAGGUCUCAUCUAUUUUGAUAACUCAGACAAAGGAACACAACCUAACAGGAAACCAAUUAGGAGGAAAAAACCAGAGUGUUAUUUUUAUGCAUGUUAUAUAACAAAUUCUUAUUUUUAAAAACAAAUGCAUUCUGGAUGUUUCAGGGUGAUUCAAGUUGAAAGAGUUGCAACACAAUGUGUCUUUUAUUUGUUUUUGUCUGUGAAAUAUGCAAUUGUUUAGAAUUUCCUGAUGUCUGUCGCUUUGACAUUCUAUUUGCAGUGGCGGGACAAGACGUGUGUUCAGGUUAGAGAAAAGGAAAAGAGAAAAGAAAAAGUCUUUUGCUGGAUAUGAAGCGGGAGACAAACCGUUUAAAGCUACUUCUUCCUCGUUGAACUGCUGCAGAGAUUUCUAUUCAUGCACAGAUGAUAGAAACACUUAUUUAUCCUUUUUAGUCCUUUUUUUGAAAAACAAAUGUGUGAAUUGAGUGAACAAAAGACAAUCAAUUAUUUCUAUUUAUAUUUGACUUCUUUUUAUUUUAUUUUAUUUUUUUCCAGAGUUUUUAGACCAUUGACGCAUACAUUUAUUAAAAACACAAAAAAAGAGCUAUUUAACAGUGGAGUCUACUAAGACGAUAAAAAAGCCACACAGUGAUAAGCUGUCAUUUUCCGGGAAUUAUCGUUUUUCACACUACUUGGACUUGCUAAAUAAUGUUGGUUUUUAUGAUUCAUGGUGGAAGUAAAUAUAGAAACAGGUGGCAGAAGUGCAGCAGUUUAACAUAUGAAUAAUUCCUUUUUACUAAACAUCAGAAAACAAAACAUCACCUGCGAUCGGAAGUCAAAUCAGCAGGAGACAAAAGCAGGAAAACAAAACAUUGAGAUGCCUUCGUGCUAACAGCUGAGCGUCUUUUUCCAUUCCUUCUUCUUCAGAAUGUUUUGUGAUUUUUUGCUCAAGCAAGCACCCGGCGGUGAGAAACGUAGCCAUUGGCCGUCGCUAGAUGACUUUAUCGGCUUGUUAGCAUCCUGUGUCGUUUAGCAUGUGACGCUCGUUUCAUGUCACUUAGCCCCCGAAAAGGAACUUUUUUCCCACAUUUAGGGAAUUUCAAGUCAGCUUUGAAAAGUUGCCGGUUGAAGGAAUUUUUCCGGAAUCUCGUAAAAUCUCGUAAAUCACAUUUGACCUUUUUGUUUGUUUACACACAGACUCACACAGACCCUCGCUGUUCUCAUGUCAAUCAGCAACCGGUAGCGCUUCAGGACCGCCCCACGCAGUCUGAGAGUGUUUUUUUCCUUACCUCUGUCGCCAAAGCGCUUACUUUUUAAGCGCACAAGGGAGCGUGGUUUCGGUGCCUUGAGCUAAUUUCUGUUGUGUAUUGGUCCUACAUGGGGACAUCAGUAAACACGAGGAAGCAGAAACUCUGGGUGGAAAGUCACCGUGAAACAGGUGGUCCUCUGUGGUUAUGAGUCCGCUCCCGAAAAGGAAUUCAAAAUGUAAUUUUGGUCUGUAAACACUCGAGACUCGUCACAUGCAACUCUCAACACCAUCAUGAAGGAUAAAGAUGCUACGGUCCUGUCGGCAGCAACCACGCCAACACACACAGUCAGGACUCAUGUCACCUUCACAGACAGUCGUAAUUGCCAAAACUGUUUAACACUACACAUAAUUGCUAGGUCGCGAUAGUAUCUGUUUUUCUGAAAGAGACAGUAAUAACCAGAGGUGGGAGAAGUCAGUGUUUGGCAUGUCUCAAGUCUUUAAUCUCAAGGUCAAAAUAGGAUAGGUCAAGUCAAGCUUGAAAUUUGAGUCCUUACAAGUCAUAUGGCCCUGUGAUUGGCUGGCGACCAGUCGAGGGUGUACCCCGCCUCUCGCCCCAAGACAGCUGGGAUAGGCUCCAGCACCCCCCACAGCCCUCGUGAGGAUAAGUGGUAGAAAAUGAAUGAAUGAAUGAAUGAACAAGUCAUAUGUAUGGUGUCUCCCAAAUAAAAUGGCAUUUUAACCGUGGAACAAUCUAUUGAUUGUUUUAUUUUUUUUAAAUAAAACAAGUGUGACAAGACAGAAAAAUAGUGCUGACAUCACAUUCUGGAUUUAUGUCAUCCACAAAAUCGUUUAUUUUUAAAUCUGAUUGGACAUUAAUAGAUGCAUUCAAUGAGGCAUACUCUGUGGAAACUCUGUUGUCUCGCUGGAAGUGACAUAACAACGAUCACAUUAGUUGAAUACUUCGAUUUUACUCAACACGCUCACUGAAUAGCUGAAAAGUAUUUUCAUGUCGUCAAACUAAAUGUGAGCCAAGUCCCAAGUCAUUGGUGUCAAAGUUCAAGUUUAGUUGCACGUCUUUAAUGAUGUUGUCAAGUCGAGUCCAAAGUCAUCAGAAUUGUGACUAAGCAGUAUAGUAGUCUUUUUUGUCAUUCAUGUGUUGUGUCAGUGUUCAGUUAGUAGCAGUUCUGACUUACCCUAAAAUUCAACUUCCAACGUAUCGAGGGUGCAGUUCGUAACCCGAGGACCACUUGUGUUUUGGUUAUGGCGUGUUGUGAUGGUGGGCGGGUGUCAGCUGUUCACGCUCCCAGUCGCCAUGUUGAGGAGUGGUUUUAAGCGGUUUUAUUGAAGCAACUCUUUGGGCAUCGUUUGAUUCCUAUUCGAGCCGGAGGACCUGGGUCUGAAAAAUCAGAGCAGCAGCUGUGUCUUAAAUGGAAUACUUCCAUCAGUACAAUCGAAUGACUUUACUGUGUAUGUUGUGUACUCCUGACUGCGGCAAUUUUGACAGAGUAGUCCUGUCCCAAAUCCAAUCCAAAUCCUGUCGUUAUGCACUUACCAGAGGUGACCAUCUCUUCUCUCUUUUUUAAGGAUGCAAUUGCAACUAUUUGAUAGAGCAGCAUUUGGAUCGCCCAAUAAAAUAUCUACCGUAUGGAUUUUCAGGAGCAACAGGCGAACCGGGGCAGCGUCUCCAGUAAUGCGGCCGCUGUGCUGGACCGUCGGAAGGCAAAGCUCUCAAUUUACUGGCAUUGUGCACUCACCGUUUUAGCCGGGAAUAAAUGUACUGUGUACGUACGCAAGUGCGCCAAUUGAGACACAGCUGAAUGCUAAAUGGAGCUAGCAAAGACAUGGAUGACGUAGGCGUUCUCCUUUGGGUGGCUGGAAGUCUUUUCUCAAUGCUGCUGUUGUCAACUGAGUUUAAGUCAUUGAUUUUUUUUGUAUAAAUUUUUUUCUUUUUGACUGUCACUUGAAAAACGUUUUGUGCUAACUUGCCUUACUUUUGGAUGAUCUUUGAAGUAGACGAUCUUUGUAGCGUUAGAUGCUAGCUUGUAGUCUUUUCUUUUGCUCUUCACGUUUUGAUUCACACCAAUCUCCGUUCCAAACCUUGUGCCGCUUUUGUAUCGUUGUUGUCGUUUUGAACCUUUUGUAAAAAACAAACAAACAAAAAAAGGAGAAAAAAACAGAAGCCUUUAAAGUGGAGAGCUGAACCAAACUUUUGUAGUGCUGACUCGAAACAUUCAAAGCGACGCCGCUUCCGUGUUGUUGCUCAAGCAGAGACUUUGAUCCAUAGCUCGCUCUCGGCUCAACAAAAAUGGCUGACACGAGAGGACAUUUGUCAUGCUUUUCCACUGCAUACGCAAUUUACUUUUUAGGUUUGCCCCCCAUCACAAACAAUGGAGGAGAUUGAGGGUCGGUUUUAUUCAAGAGGAGACUGAGGUCAGCAAGAAAAAAAAAUGUAUGCUUCAAAGUGGACACUAAGGGUGGGAAACUUGUAACUUGUAUCAUUGGGAAAGAUAUUUUGUGAUUGACAUAUAUUACACAUUCUAUUCAAAAGGAGACUGAGGGCAGCAAAAAAAAAGGACUCCCGUGUCAAAGUGGACACUAACAGUGGGAGUCCUACUGUCAUAUGUAUUGUAUCUCUGGCAAAGACGUUUUGUAAUUAAUGUAUUAUGUAUUGCCUAGAAAGUUGUAUUUUAUCAUUGGCACAGAUAUUUUCUCAUUCAUACAUAUCCUACAUUUUAGACUGAGGAAACUGAGGGCAAGGGAAAGGGCUGCUGCAUCAAAGUGGAUACUAUGGGUGGGAAUUGAAUAGAAACCUUUAUGGGUAUCAUUAGCAAAGAAGCUUUCACUCUGAUAUAUUACACAUUUUAUUCAAAAGGAGACUAAGGGCAACAAGUGAAAGGGCUGUUGCAUCAAAAUGGACACUAAGGAUGGGAAUUGCAUAUUAACUUUUAUUGUGAGGAUCACCUAGAAACUUGUAUUUUGUCAUUGCCAAAGAUAUUUUCUCACUGAUAUAUAUUGCAUUUUAGUCAAAAGAAAACUGAGGGCUACAAGAGAAAGGGCUGCUGCAUCAAAAUGGACACUAAGGGUGCCAUGUAUUUUCUCACUGAUAUACUACACUUUUUAUUCAAAAGGAGACCGAGGGCAGCGAGGGAAAGGGUUACUGCCCCAAAGUGGACACUAAGGGUGCGAAUCACGUUAUUGUAUCAUUAGCAAAAAUAUGGUCUCACUGAUAUAUCACGUUUUAUUCAAGAGGAGACUGAGGGCACCAAGAGAAGGGGCCUUCACAUCAAAAUGGACACUACGGGUUGGAAUCGCCUCGUAUCUUUGGGAAAAAAUGUUUUGUAAUUGAUAUUUUACACGUUUUAUUCAGAAUAUGUUGUCCUGCCUCUAGUGGUCACUGUGUAACACUGCAGUGUCAUUUUUAGCCGUAAAUGUUGCCAAAUGUACUCAACCAACAAGUUAACAGUAGUAUCACUUCUGUUUAGAAUAGUACCUCAAACCACAAAGGAGUGAAAGCGUGUUUGGAGGGUGCCGCUCUACCUUAGAGGAUAAAUACACACAUGGACAAAAUUGUUGGUACCCCUCAGUUAAAGAAAGAAAAUCCCACAAUUCUCACUAAAAUCACUUGAAACUUACAAAAGUAACAAUAAAUAAAAAAAUCUUGAAAAUGAAACAAUCAUAAUCAGCCAUCACUUUUGAAUGGUUGAUUAACAAAAUUAUUUAAAAAAAGAAACUAAUGAAACAGGCCUGGACAAAAAUGAUGGUACCUAUUCAAAAGAUUGAAAACUUGACCAGAGUCACAUGAUUAUCUCAGGUGUGUCCUUUAAUUGACAUCAUAGGUGUCUUCAAACUCAUAAUCAGUCAGUCUGCCUAUUUAAAGGGUGACAAAUAGUCACUGUGCUGUUUGGUGACGAGGUGUGUACCACACUGAACACGGACAACAGAAAGCGAAGGCAAGAAUUGUCCCAGGACAUUCGAAAUAAAAUGAUAGACCAACAUCUGAAAGGUAAAGGCUAUAAGACCAUCUCUAAGCAGCUUGAAAUUCCUGUGACAAGAGUGGCACAUAUUAUUCAGAAGUCUAAGGUCCACGGGACAGUAGCCAACCUCCCUGGAUGUGGCCACAAGAGGAAAAUUGAUGACAAAUUGAAGAGAUGGAUAGUUGGAAUUGUAUCCAGAAGAGCCCAGAACAACCUCCAAAGAAAUUAAAGGUGAACUCCAAGGCCAAGGUACAUCAGUGUCAGAUCGCACCAUUGGUCGUUGUUUGAGUCAAAGUGGACUUCAUGGGAGACGACCGAGGAGGACACCACCGUUGAAAGCAAAUCAUAAAAAAGCGAGACUGGAAUUUGUGAAAAUGCAUGUUGACAAGCCACAGAGCUUCUGGGAGAAUGUUCUAUGGACAGAUGAGUCAAAACUGGAGCUUCUUGGUAAAGCGCAUCAACUGUAUGUUCAUAGACUGAAAAAUCAAGCCUACGAAGAAAAGAACACUGAGGAGGCUCAGUUAUGUUUUGGGGCUGCUUUGCUGCAUCUGGCACAUAGUGUCUUGAAGUUGUGCAAGGUACAAUGAAAUCUCAAGACUAUCAAGGCAUUCUGGAGACAAAUGUGCUGCCUAGUGUCAGAAAGCUUGGUCUCAGUCGCAGGUCUUGGGUCUUUCAACAGGACAACGAUCCAAAACACACCACCAAAAGCGUUGGACUAUUCUGAAGUGGCCCUCUAUGAGCCCAGAUCUGAAUCCCAUUGAACAUCUGUAGAAGGAGCUGAAACAUGCCAUCUGGAGAAGACACCCGUCUAACCUGAGACAACAGGAGCAGUUUGCUCCCGAGGAGUGGGCCAAAAUACCUGUUUUACUUACAGAAAUCGUUUAAUUGCAGUGAUCUCCUCAAAAGGUUGUGCAACAAAAUAUUACGUUAUGGGUACCAUCAUUUUUGUCCAGGCCUGUUUCAUUAAUUUGUUUUUUGAAAUAAUUAUGUUAAUAACCAAUUCAAAAGUGAUGGCUGAUUUUGAUUUUUUAAGAAUUAAUUUUAUUUAUUGUUAGUUUUUUAAGUUUCAAGUGAUUUCAGUGAGAAUUGUGGGAUUUUCUUUCUUUAACUGGGAGGUACCAACAAUUUUGUCCACGUGUGUACUUAGAUCCUGUCCUAUCUGUUUUUUGAGCAUGAGUUGAUAGACAUCGAGAGACAUCGACAGUCCAGUCGCUGUCGAUCCAAUGCCCUGAGAAAACAAGGACCCCGAUGAACAUUACCUCAUAGUGACUGAGAAUACUCCCAGACAUUAAAGUACCUUGUAGUCGCUACUGUGCACAAAGGCAAACAUCAACAGCGUGCAGUGGAAAAGAUGCCCAAGUGUCCUAGCGAGUGAGUGAUCUGGAAAAGCUCAUCCCGGUCAAGACUUUGUGUUCUUUCUCUGCACGUACUGCCGAGCAAUUCAAACAGGACCGUCACUACACGCCACGGCAACCGAUAAGUGACCCCGUCGGUUUGGCUGGCGCUGAGCUUUUUCUUCCUGUUUCUGUUUGGGUGCGGUGAAAACACAGUCAAAACACGGUGACUCUGUUUUGCUGUUCAGUUUGAUUUGUGCAACCAAAGAUGUAGUCAGACCAAGUUGCUAUUGUGACGCCUGCUGGACAAAAUUGCUUUUUCCUCCAAACGCUGUUUUUCUGAAUGCAUCGGGUUUCAUCGACACAUUGAGAGUACACAGGAAGUUCUGUGUGCAUGCGGUAUGUGCAGAAACUCUAUGGGGCUUCGAAGACUUCCAGGAGGAACUCUGCGGGCAACUUGAGAGAGCACAUUUUGUACAUAGUCUUUAUUAUUUUCCCACUUUUUUCUUGACACCUUUUAGUUUUUUCUGCGUGUUUUCAUGUGUUGAUUUUGUUGUAUAAACUGUCCAGAUCUCACACAUCAUCCGAAUCCGUGGCGCCAUGAAGGAGAAUGUCAUGGGAAUUGUUUAGAACCGAAAUGAUAUUCUGUGUGUUCGCCAUCACUUUGAACUCAUACAUUGAAAAAAGGAUUUUGGAACUAUGAAAUGACAACUUGUUACAAUGCAGUGUUUAUUUAUUUGACGCUUUUCUACCAAAUUCUAAGCAGAGAUAAUGUUACAGUGAAUGCGUCAUGGCUUUAAAUAGUAGUACUAUAGUACUAUGAUACUAUAUCCUGAUCAUUGGUGCCCACGGUUUGUCACCAUGCACUUAUUUGUACUUUUAGUCAUUUGAUUGGAGAUUGAUGGCUUAUUUCAUAGCUUCAAAAUGUUUUGCUGCUAAAACAAGAUUUCUCAACAGGCGGUCAGUCGACGCCCACUUUGCAUUUUCAUAUCAAUUGGUCUCGGUAAUGGCUCAUUUUUUCCGUAAUAUGCAGGACUGGAUCCCCCGAGGAUGCACAUCAAAGUGUCCAUCCUAUCAGAAACUCAGACUGACGUUGUGUCAACACUGAAUAAAGCGCAGACGUUUUGAAAAUGCAGCGGGCGUCGCUCACCGCGUGCUUGUGAACACUUUUGUUAUUUAUACAAGAACUCAUUUUGUACAGUUUUGUUAAAGGAGAGAGCUUUUUGAUAUUUGGUUACUUUGCGAAGCCACUCGGCUACUGUUGUCUUCCUGUGCCAGAGUUUCUAAAAUUGUAACUUGAUUUUGUUUUUUAUUGAUUAAGAAAAGAUUUCCUUCUGUCUUGGUUUUCUCUUUGAAUUUGAAAAUGUCCAUUGUACUUUUUUUUGUAAUAAAAAGCUUUGUUCCAAUGAAUCAAAGUAUUGUUGUG